UUGUCAGUAGCAAUGAAACUGAAUAUUCCACCAACACCCGAUUACUCUAAUGAUCUAAAUCCGAACCCUCAAUAUGAUAAUCAAGUACAAACUCCUUACUCUUCUGAACCAUACGCACCUGAUCCAUAUUCACAGACGAACCAAUAUUCAGAUCCAUAUGCCCCACAGCCGAAUACAAAUGAUAAUCAGCUUCCUCCACAACAAACACCAUCCUCUAUUUAUGAUGAACAAUUAGUUCAACCACAGCCAGCUCUAGACCCUUAUGCUGUGGAUCCCGUAUCUCAACAACAACAAGAUAAUGAUCAAGAUUCAUCUCAUUCAGAUAAUGAUCAAAAUUCACCUCAGGCAUCACCAGAUUCAGACCCUUAUGAAUUGUAA